GGAGCUCAGCCUGGUCCUUUGUACUUUGUGGUCCCUGAUCCUUUUGAUGGUUGAAGUCGACGAUGAAUUAUGACGGAGUUCCCCUGACCGCUUUAUUCACUCGAAUCACCCGAGAUAAAACACUCCUCACCGCAUUAACGUUAUGUGCAGCACCUUUCACCGCAAUCUAUUCAGUGCUUCAACAUAAGAAACUCCACAUCUGCCACUGCUCUUCUCUCAUUACUUUGGCUGCUUCCUUUUAUACCCUCCAGGGCUCUUCGUUCUCAUCCUUCCGUUUCCCCUGCUGUUUGCGCUUCCGAUUUGCUUUGUCAAUUAUACGCUGACGCUCCUCUGCUUUUGACGAUGGCGUCAGGUCGUGCUAUGACGAUCGGUUUCUAGGGAUAUCCGUUGGGUACUCACG